CGGGUAUAAAAAGCUGAGGGACGCUUUAAUCCGCAACAACAGCAUCAGACCCGCAUCAGGACCUGAUCAGACCCGCAUCAGACCCGCAGCAGACUGAACCUUGAGGUCAGCCCAGGCGUCAUCAUGCCUUUCGGUAACACCCACAAUGCGCUGAAGAUGAACUACUCCGCGGAGCAGGAGUACCCCGACCUCAGCCAGCACAACAACUACAUGGCCAAGGUGCUCACACCUGAGCUGUACGCCAGCCUGAGGGACAAGGAGACGCCCAGUGGGUUCACCCUGGACGAUGUCAUCCAGACUGGCAUCGACAAUCCAGGUCACCCGUUCAUCAUGACGGUCGGAUGCGUCGCCGGAGACGAGGAGACGUACGAGGUGUUCAAAGACCUGAUGGAUCCAGUGAUUGAAGAGCGCCACGGAGGAUACAAGCCAUCAGACCUCCACAAGACGGACCUGAACUUUGAAAACCUGCAGGGUGGAGAUGAUCUGGAUCCAAACUACGUCCUGAGCUCUCGGGUUCGCACCGGACGGAGUGUUCGUGGCUUCUGCCUGCCCCCCCACUGCAGCCGCGGAGAGCGACGGGCGAUCGAGAACCUGUCCAUCGAAAGUCUGGACGUCCUGGACGGGGAGUUAAAGGGGAAGUACUAUGCCCUGAAGAACAUGACGGAGGAGGAACAGCAGCAGCUGAUCGAUGACCACUUCCUGUUCGAUAAGCCUGUCUCCCCGCUGCUGCUGGCAUCCGGAAUGGCCCGUGACUGGCCCGAUGGCCGCGGCAUCUGGCACAACGACAACAAGAGCUUCCUGGUUUGGGUGAACGAGGAGGAUCACCUGCGCGUCAUCAGCAUGGAGAAAGGCGGGAACAUGAGGGAAGUGUUCACCCGCUUCUGCACCGGACUCACCAAGAUCGAGAGCUUGUUUAAGGAGCGAGGUCACGAGUUCAUGUGGAACGAGCACCUGGGCUACGUCCUCACCUGUCCGUCAAACCUGGGGACGGGACUAAGAGCCGGCGUCCACGUCAAACUGCCGAACCUCAGCAAGAGCGACAAGUUCGGAGAAAUUCUAACGAGACUGAGGCUUCAGAAGAGAGGCACAGGUGGAGUGGACACAGCGGCGGUGGGCGGAGUCUUUGACAUCUCCAACGCGGACCGUCUGGGUUUCUCCGAGGUGGAGCUUGUUCAGAUGGUGGUGGAUGGCGUCAACCUGCUGGUGGACAUGGAGAAAAGUCUGGAGGCCGGAGACAGCAUCGACGACAUGAUCCCUGAGCAGAAGUGAACUGUGUCCCCGCCUCCUCAGCCCUCACUCCCCCUCCUCACCCCCUCACGGUAACCAAUCAGAGAGCGUCCUGCAGGACAUGUAGCACUGCUCACUUAGACUUCGUCUUCCAACAUGUGAAGGACUUCUAUGUCUCUCCAACUGUUGGACUCGUAGCACCUGAAUAUCUAAUAAAGUAUUUGUGUCCCUGAA